AUGGCCAUGGUUGUCUUUGCCACACUUUUUUCUCAAUUUGAAAGUAGCUGCUUCAUGGAAAAUGCUAGGGCAAUGACAGAAAAGCAUGGAAUAAGUUAUGUACGUGAUAAACUUAUAUCGGAGCUAUUAGAUGAUGAAAAUUUGCAUGAUGGCCCAUCUAUAGUUUCAGGAUCCACAUUUGCUAUGAGGAGACUUGGCAGAAAAAAGGUUUUGAUUGUGCUUGAUGAUGUAUCCCAUUCAAAGCAUCUAGAUAGUCUGGCUAAAGAAUGUGGUAGCUUGGGACCUGGCAGUAGAGUCAUCAUAACAACAAGAGAUAAGCAGGUCCUUGAUGGAAGAGUUAAUGAGAUACAUGAGGCUAAGGCACUGGGUGAUCAUGAAUCCCUUCAGCUAUUCUGCUUCAAAGCCUUCCACAAAGACCACCCAGAAAUUGGAUAUGAGGAACUCUCAGAAAGGGCGGUUGCUUAUGCCAAAGGCAUUCCAUUGGCUUUGACAGUCUUGGGUUCAUAUCUUCACUCCAAGACUACAAAGAAUGGGAAAGGUACUGAUGCAAUUGAAAGCAUAACAUUUGAUAUGUCUCAAAUUAAAGAGGUAUCCUUGAGUGCUGAUGCUUUCAAAAAUAUGCCUAAUCUCAGAAGUCUCGAAUUAUAUUCCAGGUCUCCUAAAAGCUGUGCAAACCUUCCUUCCGGCCUUGAGUCAUUCUGUGACAGAUUGGGGUACUUUUAUAAGGAUUUCUUUCCUUUGGAAUCCCUUCCAGCAUCAACCUUCUGUCUGCAGAACGCUGUUGAAAUUCACAUGAAGUAUAACCAUGUUACAAAAUUGUGGGAUGGUGUGCAGGAUUUUGUGAAUUUAAAGGUUGUGGACCUGCAUGGAUCCAGCCAAUUGAUGGAGCUGCCUGACUUCUCUAAGGCACAAAAUCUUGAAUACAUAGUUCUUUCACUUUGCUCAAAAUGUCUUGAGACACUCAUGGUUGCUAACUGUGGGAGCCUUGAAGAAUUUUCAUUGUUGUCAGAGAAAAUAACGGAUUUAGAUUUAAGUACAACAAAAAUAGAAAUAUUACACCCAUCAAUUGGGCGUCUCAGGAAACUUGAAGGACUCAGUCUUAAUGGUUCAAAGCUAAAGAAUCUUCCAAUAAAUGAACUAUGUUGCUUGACAACUCUUGGGAAGCUUAAUUUUUAUGACUGUGGACACUUAAUCGACAAACCAAAACUGCAUAUCCUAUUUAAUGCCUUGCAUUCAUUGCAAGAGUUGUACUUGGAAGAGUGUAGUAGCUUGGCUGAACUACCAGACAAUAUCAGUGCCUCAUCAUCCUUACAUCAUUUAUCGCUUAGUGGAAGCAGUGUGAAGAGCUUGCCUGCUAGCAUUAAGCAUCUUUCAAAGUUGGAGAUCAUCAAGCUGAGAGAAUGUAGGAGGCUUCGUUCUGUACCAGAACUUCCACCAUUCAUUACAUAUUUGGACGCCACUGAUUGCACGUCACUGGAGACUGCAUUUAUCACUCCUUCUACUUACAGCAAGGGUUCCUGUUUGCUAGUAAAUUGCAUGAAGUUGGAUGAGCAUUCACUAUAUGGUAUUAUGAUAAAUUCUUAUUUCGCAAUGAUGCGAUGUCUUUGUUUUGAUGAGUCUUUGGUUCAUUUCUUUGAUGCUGUUUGUUACCGAGGGAGAACUGUUCCAAUGUGGUUUGGAAAUAAUCGAACUGCAAAUUCUUCCAUAGCUAUUCAACUUGCUCCUCAUUUUCAUAACUCUCUGGGUUUUGUUAUUAGUGUCAUUGUUUCGGAGUUUACUUCAAAUAUUAGUUUCCGAUCCUUGUUUGAAGACAGAAGAACAUUUAAAUUGUAUUACCGUUUUCACUUGGAAGAGGGUGAAGAGAUCAGCGAGGCAACUGAUUGGCUAUAUUGUUCACCUCUGCAUCCUGAUUUUUCGAAAUCAGAUCAUGUUCUGCUGUGGUAUGAACCCUGCAGAAUAUGUUUGCCAGACACCACUAAGAACACAGGUUAUGUUUGA